CCUCCACCACGUAUUCAGGGCAGGAUAGAGCGCACACGAAUUAGAUGCGGUGCCGAUAACCUACAGUGACCUAGGAUUUUUAAGAAUAAGAACCAAGCAAGAUGUCUCUGGUUGCUGAUGUAAUAGCAUCAGUUAGAAGCAAAAGUGGAGAGAAAGCAGGGAAACCUGGAACAGGUCAGCUGGAGGAGUUGGUAAAACGUGCAGAAGAGGCUCGCGAAGCAGUAUGCCAGACACUUGGAUCCCGAUAUGAUUCUUUGGCAAUGGUUGUUCAUGACACUGCACAUCUGCAUCAUCGUGUUGCUAAUGCCUUGGAGGAUCUGACAAAUCUGCACAGUUCUAUUGAACAGGAGGUAGUGAAUGGUUUAGAAGGCAGUGUAGGUGAGGUUGGGGGUGUGGUAAGGAGAUGGAGGGAGGUGGUUGGUGGCUUGGAAGCUGCCUCUACUCUCUUGACCAUACACACGUUGCUAGAUGAGGCUCACCAGGCCGAACUAGAAUAUGAAUUCCUGAAGACUGCUGAAAAUUUAGCAAAGGUUGAUAAACUUCUAGAGGAUGCAUCUGAGAAGGAUGUAGAGGGUCAACUUGACCUUCUAAGUACUCUGCAGGAGGAAAUGCUGGUCAGAAGGACACAGUUGGUUUAUACCAUUGGUGAGGUCUGGAAUGAAACAUUGACCUGGGAAGAGGAGCGUCUGGGAGAUGGUUCCAGAUCAGUCACUUUGGUAGUGCAAGCGGUGAAGUAUGAGUCAAAAGAGGAUGGAUUACAUAAACUCCAGCAGAUGUUGGGUGCAUUGCACAUGUUGGGAGAACUCCAGCGUCGUGUCACAUCCCUUGGCAAGAAUCUCAUGAAUCACAUUUUCAAGCCUAUAAUAAAUGAUGCAGCUAAGGUGAAAGCCACUGAUCGAAGAAGUGAUGGAUAUUCUGUCCAGGUCACAUUACCUGCAAACACUAAAGAAAAGACACCAGCAUCCACAGUGUUUGUGCAUCUCACUCAGGUAUUACGGAUCCUUCAUAGUGCACUCCUUUGUGUAAAAAUUGAGGCAGAUGAGGGUGAAAUUUCUCUUAUGCAGCUUCUGGGUAAACAGCUGGGACAGGAGUUUACAGAAGUGCUUAUUAAAGACUGCUUGGCUGAGGCAGUACCUUGCAGUAGAGCCCAGCUGGAGGAUUAUGAGGAGGUCAAGCGUGACACACAGAAAUUCCAGGAUUUCCUUAUUGAAAUUGGAUUUUAUGGACCUGACAACAAGUCCAUCAUAGAGUAUGCAGCCAAUGUGGAUGUUGUCUUCAGUAAUAAGGCUUGUGCACACUUGUUGGAGCGUGCUAGAGAGCUUAUGACUCGACCAGUUCAUGUCACAGUCAGUGUUACUCCACUGGAACCCGAGGGACCCUCAUCAUUCAGGAUGAGACUGGUAAGAAGUUAGAGAAGAGCAGUAUGAGGCUGGAGAAACUUCUUGCAGCAAAGACAUUCAACCUUCCUAAAUGUCAGAUCAGUGCCUCUGUCUGUGAACUUGUUGAACUGAUUUAUGAGACAAUGGAAGAGGCUUGUACCAGUGCUGCACCAUAUGCAGGGAGUUG